AUGUAUUGGUGGCGGUCGUUAAAAGAUAGGGGGGCAAAUGGUCGUGUCAAUCUUGUUUCCGUUGUAUCAUCAUCAUCAUCUUGGGAAGGAAGAUGGAUGGGUUUUCUUCGUAUUGUUAAAUUUGACAUUGUCGGUAUUCGUUUGUUCUUUCAUUUCAUUUUAAAAAUGAAAUUUUUCGAGAAGGCAAACAGUCAAAAUUUUUUAACGACAAAAGUCAUCUCACUAUUUUUCUUCCGGUUGGUAUACAAACAUAUUUCUAUUGGAUGGCAAUCGAGUGAGAAGAAAUAA